GCUACCAAUGUUUUCAUCUAGUUCGUCUGCGAAGUGCGAACUGCGAAGCAAUUCCAAUACCAAAUAACACUUCUGAUACUUGGUGUUAACUGUUAAGAGUUCCAUAUCCUGGCUUUUCCAAAAACUGAAUUACGACCUAGUUAACAUCUAUUGCCACGUAAUAUGGAUGCGUACAGUGAUGACAUUAACAAAGAUAGCACUAGUCAGCAUGCUAUACGUGUAGGAAAAGUAAAUGGCAAGCAUUCAAAGCAAAAAAUCCAUCAAACAAAGAAUGUUCCAGUGAGCUGUAUUGGAGAUUUCAAAAAUAUGCCAAAGGCUAUGCUUUUAAAGAACUUGAAGCUUUUCAAACUAAACACUAAUGGAAGUAGAAAAGUCCUAAUGAAGCGACUGGAAAUGUACAACAAAAAAACUACAGAAAUGUUUGACUACUAUGUUGUCAUUGACUAUGAAGCAACAUGUGAUGAAAAUACGAAGAAUUUUGACAAAAACAAUCAAGAAAUCAUUGAAUUCCCUGCUGUGUUACUGAACUGUCACACUGGAAAAGUGGAAGCUGAAUUUCAGUCCUACUGUCGACCAGUAAUUAAUCCUUUAUUGACAAAAUAUUGUAUCAAACUCACUGGGAUCACACAGAAUAUUGUGGACAAGGCCCCUUCAUUUCAUGAAGUUUUGGCUUCCUUUGAAAAAUGGUUGCAGAACAAGAAACUUGGUUCAGAGUAUUCAUUUGCAAUUCUAACUGAUGGAUCAAAAGAUGUUGGUCACUUUCUGAAAAGACAGUGUGUGUUAUCGCAAAUUGAUAUCCCGGAAUAUUGCAAAUACUGGAUAAACAUUCGAAAGUCAUUUACUAAUUUCUACCAGACCAACGAUUUACAAUACUUUGCUCGUUUGGCUAAUGACACAGUUCUUAACAUAAUGAUUAAAGAGAUUGGAUGUAAAUUUCAAGGAAAACCCCAUUCUGGAUUGGAUGAUGCUCGAAAUAUUGCGUAUGUUGCUCAAUGCCUUCUUCAAGACGGAGCAUCCCUAGUAUUUAAUGAAAAGUUGUCUGAUGAAAAUGCCGAAAAAAAGGCAAAUAGCAACUCUUCUUUCUCUACUCCAGUCUCUAAAGCAGAGUUCUCAAUCAUUUGUGGCACACUUAAGCCUAAUUUUCCAGCCAAGAAGUCUCCGGUUACUUCAAAAACUCCUGACACAAACACUGUUGCUAAGGAUGUUCUUGUAAAGGCUUGUAACAGUGAAACAAAGGCAAAACCUGUUGUCAAAGAAGUUGUGAAGAUUCCGGCCAUAGCAAGCAAUUCUGCCAAUGGAGCUUCGACAAAAACUACAGCCAAGAAGAAGAAGAAUCAACAUUCAACCAAAGAUACAGUCAAGAUUCCAGCAACGAAAAAGAAUCAACCAAAUAUGCAGCCAGAUUCUCUGGUGAAGACUUCUUCCAAAGCAAACACGCCAUCGACUUCAGAAAAAACUUCUGCCAAUGUUACUCCGACACAAUCUUCAGUCAAAAGGACUCCGGGGAAGAGUACUGCCAAGAUUCCGGAGACUGCAGACGUUAUAAAACAGGAAUUGAUGCUUGCCAAAAAAGUUUUGUACUCUAAUGCUGAACAUAUUCCAUUCUGGAAGGUGACGCAACUAAAAGAACACAUAGAAGAUCUAAAGAAAUCGUUGAAAGCAGCUAAAUCUAGGGAAGAGAAGGCAGUUUUAGUUACAAAGUUGGACUUAUCUGAAAAGAAAGAGUUUGAAGUACCUAAAGCUACUAGUAAAACUACUAAUCGCGGUUUGGUUGCGCUGAAUGAAAAUCUUAUUUCUGGAAUUUACGCUUCCAGUACAGCCGUAAAAGAACAAUUAUUCUUUGAAGAUUUCGAAAAUUUGUUAACCAUGAACAACAACAGUUUCCCGUAAAAUUGCAAAAGAGGCUCAAAAUCCAUUAAUGAUAUUAAAAUGGAUUUUUUAAAUUCCUGUGACCAAUUUUUUUAUUUUAAAUUAUGAAGACACAUUGAUUUGUUUCCGCAAGUUCAACAUUGUACUAGUGUUGACUGUAUGUCCGUACGUGUGUUUUCAUUUUUCAACUUCUUUAAUAACUUCUUCAUCCUAUAAUUCAGACAGUAAAACUGAAAUUGAAUGGUAUUUUUGAUAACCUCCUCAUGUGGAAAUAAUUUUGUAUUGUUGUAAUCAUGUGUCGAUGUGUGCUUGUGUGCCUUAUCUCAGCUACAUGCAAAUUAAGAGAAUACAUACUUUACCUUGAAAAUUACGAGGGCAACCGAGA